GCUACGAGACAAAAGAAAGGGAAAAAAAAGAAAUUAAACGAUGUCGUUAUUGCACAAUAGAAGAAUGCAAAAUUUGACAUGUACAAUGAAUUAGUACACUCUUUGUGAAAUGUUUGCACGAAGGUAAGCCAAGGUCAAAAUGGCAUAUUUAUUGAACAAUGAUCAUUUUAGGUCGGGGAUAAUCGUGCACACUUCGUAUUCUAUCGCGAGAAAUGUUUCCAAUAUGGCGGAAAACAAAUUCUUUCUGUCUUGGUUCUGCGUUAUAAUCUUUAUUAGUCAUUUAUCUUACCCAGAACUUAUUGUAAAUGUAAAAACAAGAAGCGGACAUUAUACUCGACAAUAUCUUACGGCAGAUCCUGAAAAAGAUAUUGUAACGAUUGACUUUACGAUGCCCGAUGGAACCAAAACCAAGGCAUUGAUUGAUUUUUCAAAGAGCCUACAAGUGUUGAAAACAGCAGUUCUUGGUGAAAUGGAGAGAGGUGAAAAACCCAUUCACACUUUAUGCUUCAUCUUAAAAUUUUCUCCAAGUGAAUUUAUAUCUUCGGACGCUGUAUCAAAGUUGAGACAGAAAAACCCAGAAGCGAUUCGCAUUCCUGAAGAAGAACUUAAGACAGAAUUUCUGGUCAUGGAAAAGGAGAUCCCGUUUGGAAACUCUGGCUUGUUCAGUGGCCAUGUUCAUCAAAUGUGUGGAGAUGCUGAUAAGAUUUAUACCAGUGUAGAAAACAUUAAAGCUAUUGCCCAAGGAAACGAAAAUGUUUUUAAAGAUCUUUUAUCAUCAGUUACCACCAUAAACAGUAAUGACUCUGCUGUAUCUAGAUGUGACACUGUAGCGGAUAAACAUAGCAAGUGUAUCUGUCAUUAUGAGUUUUGUUUAAGUUGGUAUCCUUGUGCAUUAAAAUAUUGUGAUGACAACGGCCAAGAAGGUGAGAGAGUCUCAUAUCGGUGUGGCAUAAAAACAUGCGGAAAAUGUAGACAAUUUCAAUAUCAUGUGGAUCAUCAUGACAGCUGCUUCUGGGAGACCCCAUUUGUUACAGUCCAGUGAACAAAUCUGAUUACCAACAAAAUUUGAUUGGCUAAAAUUAGUAGUUCUGGCAGGAAUGUUUUAUGUGGUAGAUAUGGUGUCAGUAAAGUAUUUGUUGAUAAAUAAAGAUUGUAUAGAAGAAAUAUAUAUUGACAAAUCAGCAAUCAAUUUGUAAAAGGUUUUCGGAUAAAUCAUUUCAAAAAAGUGGUUGAAAGAUGCAUGUUCUUGAAAAACCCAUCAUGAUAAUGAACUAUGUAUAAAAAUACACCUUUGUAAAUCUCUUUGUAAAUAUAAUCUCUGUAUAAUCUCUUUGUAAAUAAUCAAAAAAAAAUUUGCGAUAUAAAGUCGUUCUCCUUUAUUGAAUGUAAAAAGAAUGUGUUCUUCCCCUCUGUAAGGAACGACGCAGGCAAUACCGUGGGAAAUGAAUUUUUUAUUUAAUUGGAAUAACCCUAUAUUUAAAACAAAUAAAUACAAAUUAAUGCUCCUCAUAUACUGUCCUACACCUAAAUUCGUUCCAGUUUUAAAUAUACCAAUUUAUUAUUCUAUAUACACGCUAAUAUAUUUAAGUACAUAUUGUCAUAUACUAUUAUUGGUGUUAUAUUAAAUGUUAAUAUAUCGGUGGUGUUGACGAUUCAGUCACA